AUGCUCCGCUGCAUCGCCACGCUGACUGCCACCGCGGCGCCACGGCUCGGGGCCGCCAGCUGCCGCGCGGUGACGACGGCUGCGGGCGAGUCGGAGCCGCUGGUGGUGGUCACGACGAGGGACAAUGGCGUGGCGUCACUCGAGCUCAACGCGCCGGCAUCGCUCAACGCGCUGACGGUGGCCAUGGGCGGCGAGUUUACGGCUGCCGUCCGCGAGCUCAGCGCAGACGAGGCUGUGCGGGCGGUGGUGGUGACCGGGCGCGGACGGGCGUUCUCGGCCGGCGGCGACCUGGCCUUUCUCCACGAGCGGACGCAGGACAACCCGGUCUCCAACACGGCGCACAUGAUGGCCUUCUACCGAGCCUUCCUCGCCGUCCGCGACCUGCCUGUCCCGGUCAUUGCCGCCAUCAACGGCCACGCCGUUGGCGCCGGCUGCUGCUUUGCGCUCGCCGCAGACAUGCGCCUCGUCCACGACGCCGCAAAGGUCGGCUUCAACUUUGUUCGCCUCGGCCUGCACCCGGGCAUGGGCUGCACCCACACGCUACCGGCUCUGGUCGGCCCGCAGCGCGCCGCACGACUCCUGCUCUCUGGCGAUCUAGUCUCUGGGGCCGAGGCCGUCGACCUUGGCCUUGCUAACGAGCUGGUGACAGCGCCCGAGGAUCCGGCUGCGGGCAUCCGGUCCACCUUUGACGCAGCCCUCGCACUUGCCGCCGAUCUCGCCGCCAACACCUCGCCCGAGGCCUCGCGGACUCUAACUCGCACCCUUCGCAACGCCGCAGAUGUCGGCCUCGACGCCGCGCUCGCCCGCGAGGCUGAUUGCCAGGCCCACUCGUACGCCUCACUCGACUUUCAGCAGCGGCUCGCCGACAUGCGGGCUGCCACCUCGUCCAAGGCCAAGGCCAAGCGCGCCUAA